AUGGAGUUAAGAUAUGGUGUUGUUAAGUCACUCAGGAAAAACGAACUGAAUACAGGAAGUAGUGCUGGCUGGGAAUUUUCAGUUUUGAUCGAGAAAGAAGCAUCACCUACAAAAUUGGUGUUCUUUUUGUCCCACAAAUAA